UUCUCUGCUAACGCCUCACCUGUCCUGUCCCGCCAGAACAUACACACGGUGUCUCAGGCUUUCAUAUCCAGUCCCACUGACUGGGCGGAACCAACUCCCUCUCUCAAAUCCGAUUGGCUCUCCUCUGGUUGCCAUGGCUACGCACUUAGGGAAACACGUCACUGACAUGAGCCGUUCGGGCGGUGUCCUAGGAGACGGGCGUGUUGUUCGUUAGGGAUGCAGUUUGUGUGAGAGGCAGUGAAGAGAGAAGGGCAUUCUCCCAUCAUGGCGUCCGGCUGCCAGCCAGAGUCCGAUAAUGAUUCUGAUGAGGAGUCGCUGGAAGAUCCAGACAGACGGGCAGAAGAUUAUGUCUGCAGGGUCCUGAGCCAGGAGGCUUUACAAGGCCGGCCCGAGCACAGCCCCCCAGAGACCCUUUCCCUCGAGGCUCCCAGUGGGCUCCAGAGAGGGGGCCUGGAUCUGAAGAAGUCUCCGGCAGCGAGCGAGAGCGGGGAGAUGUCACCUCUUCUUCUGCUCCCCCUCGAGCUGAUCCUGCACAUUCUCACUCAUCUGGACCCCCGAUUCAUUCUGACCGUGCUGCCUCGGGUGUGUCGGACCCUCAGGCUUAUUGUGGCAGAGGAGACGACGUGGAGGAUCCGCGUCCAGAAACGGGUCAGAGCCAGCUUUCCAGUGGUGGAACAGGACAAUUUUGAUUGGCCAUCCGCUUGUAUGGAACUUGAGGAGCAGCUCUCUCGUUGGUCGGACAGCGGGCCGAAGGCCGAGCAUUUCUCACUGCCUGAUGGACACUUUGCCUCUGUAGAUACCGUGCUGCUGCUAGAGGGGGGCUCUUUGUGUGUGUCUGGAUCACGAGACAGGAAUGUGUGCCUCUGGGACCUGACUAAACUGGGACAGAACCAGGAAAAAGUGAAAGUGAAAGCACUGGGGACACAGAAAACAGGAACACACAAGGGCUGGGCCUGGUCUCUGGCAUCCUGUGGGAAUCUUCUGAGCUCCGGAUCCUGGGACAGCACCAUAAAGAUCUGGGAUAUUGGGGCGGAGGGACAGCAGGUGGGAGAAAUCAGGGGCCGGGCAGCCAUCUUGUCUUUGGCAUUCCAGCCAGAUAUUUUGGUGGCUGGCUCCUAUGACAAGCGAGUCAGUGUCUAUGACCCAAGAGCUUCCAAACCCUUGAUAAAGUCACGCAAGAUCCACAGCAGCCCUGUUUUGUGCCUUGUUGCUGAUGAGCAUCACAUCAUGUCCGGCGGUGAAGACCGAACGUUGGUGGUGUUUGACCGCAGAGCGAAUGCAGUGUCGCAGAGGCUACAGUUGGAUAAUUACCUGUUCUGUAUGUCGUACAAAGCGCCCGAGCUGUGGGCAGGAGACAACCAGGGCCUGGUCCAUGUGUACAGGAGCCAAGGAGGGACAAUUCAGCACCUAAGGCGGUUUGAUGUAGGUCAUUCAUCACAAGUCACCGGUAUCUGGCAUUCGGCAGGGGCCCUUUACACAACUUCCACUGAUAAAACCAUAAAGGCCCACGUUCCUACCGAUCCACCUCAAACACUCUAUUCACAGCCACACAGUAAUGUGGUCAAUGCAGUAAGUGCCGUGGGACGCACAGUAGCUGCUGCCUGUGGGGGCCAAACAGUGGAAAUCUGGCGGUUCCAGGAAUAAAAACCUUAAUACUUCAAUCAAAUCCUUCUUUGUGGGAGCAGGAUAUCCAGCCAGACCUCCCAGUGAUGGGGGGGCGAGAACACUGAGAGCCAGAAAGUGUCAUUCAGUUCUAGAAUAUAAUAUAAUAUGUCAGCGGGCUGGCCAAUUCCCACACACAACCUCUUAUAUAGUCUCCAUUGUUGACCAUAGUAGGGGAUGUUUAAAGGGAAACUUUACCAUAUUUAUUACUUGGGUUUAUCCUUGCCUUGCUUUUUAUUUAAUUACUAUUAUAAUUUUUUUUUUAAAAUGAUAAAUGAAUUAUAAAUCUAUUAUCUGGACUAGUAAUAUCCUGUAGUUUUGAUUGAUAUUGGGGAGGGGGGGAGUCAUUCGCCUACACACACAGAGACCAACAGGUACUGCUCAUUAUAUGUCCCUUUUACUGUUGCACUACUACUCCCAGCACCCCCUAAAUGUGCCUGGAGUUGCACUUUAGCAACAACUCAAGGGCCGCAGACCAUAGCGGCCUACUGUAUUUGCUCUCCAACAGCUGUCUAUUGCCCCUGCCCCCCCCCCCCGCCGCAUUGGGUGGGGGCAAUACCGAUCUGUUGUGCCUUCUAUUCCCUUUAACAGGUACAAGGAGUUAUCUUGUCUGUGGUCCCGUGGCUUCUUAAAAUAAUAUCGCCAAUGAAAUGAUAAUUUGUUGAUUUUUUUAAUUUUUGUGUGAAUCACCAAGAAUAAUAAAUACAUGAAAGAGUG